AUGGGGACAUGGGGACAUGGGGACCAACACAUCCUCAUCCACACGGGCGAGAAGCCCUUCGAGUGCGACGUGUGCGACAUGCGCUUCAUCCAGAAGUACCACCUGGAGCGCCACAAGCGCGUGCACAGCGGGGAGAAGCCCUACCAGUGCGAGCGCUGCCUGCAGAGCUUCUCCAGGACGGACCGGCUGCUCCGACACAAGCGGAUGUGCCAAGGAUGCCAGAGCAAAGGCCCCGACUCGCAGCUCCUGCUCUAG